AUGCUUAACGUCAAAGCCUUUUGGAGAGAUUUCAACAAGAAUGGAAUCCAUCUCGAAGAUGUUUUGGGUUUUGUGACUUUGGAGACUGAUUUACUAUUUUGGAAUGAUAAAUAUGCUAAAGGCAGCCGAAUGUUUACCAUCAAAAAACAGAAACGCGAAAAAUGUCAAGAGGUUUGUCGGAAAUUGAUGUUAUAA